AUGGCAGAGCCACCAUCCUCACCGCCCAGCGAGGCGAUGAGCCCUGAAGAUCAGCUGCGCUGGUACAAGUCUCAGUAUGCAUCACUCGAGGAGGAACUGUCCGAGUUCAGGGAGUCCAGCAAAGAGCUAGAGCAGGAGCUCGAGAAGGAUAUCGAGCAGGCCGAAAAGAGGGAGCGCAAACUCCAGGAAAAGGCAGAGAGCCUCAAGUUCGAGGCCGAGGAGUGGAAGUCAAAAUACAACCAAGCCAAGAAGGAUGCGAAUACGGCUCAAAACACCCUGGAAAAGGAAAUCACAACACUGCGCGACACCAACAGGACACUCCAGCUCAAGCUACGCGAUAUCGAGGUCGCCAACGAUGAUUUCGAGAGACAGGCACGGAACACCAGCUCCUCCCUCGAGGACCUCGAAUCCAAGUUUAACAGUGCGAUCGAGCGCAACGUCAUGAUGGAGGAGGAGAUCAAAAUCGGUGAACAGGAGCGAGAAACGCUGCGCAUCGAGGCGCAACGCCUGCGCGAGGAGCUUUCCGACCUCAAGAUUGAGGCCGAGGUGCUCCAGGACAAGAUCAAGAAGCAGGAGCAACGUCAUCUGUCCGCCAUAUCCACCGACCUUUCCGUUCUUUCAUCCCCCGUUUUCGACAAGACCCUCGACGCCUCCCCCGGCUCGACCGCGAGCUCGCCCAUGGUAUCGACGCCGCCCGAUGCGGAAGCUCUCCCUGCUGCCAAACCCGCCCAGAUCAGCGAGCCUCCAUCCCCGCCAAUGUCCGACGUCUCCGCCUCCGUACCCAAGAGGAUUGUCUCCCGAACACCCCUCAAGACCCCGGCCAAGACUCCGGCAUCGGCGACUCGCAAGUCGCGUCUGCCGUCCACCGAACACAGCAUCACGCCCAAGCCUCGUUCAUUCACGACAUCAGUGAGCAGCACCCGGCCGUCUGGAGGUCGUCCCUCAACCGGGCCACCGACACGCACACCUGCUCCUCGCACCGCCCCUCGCUCCAUCUCCACCCGCAUGCCCCCCAAGCCUGCCAACAACUCUCUCGCCCACAUCAGAACCCUUACAGCUCAGAUGCAGCGUCUGGAAGCUCGCGUACACAAUGCACGAUCGAAGCUGCCUGCUCCCGUCACAACACCACCUCGAGCCUCACCCCGCUCCUCGGUUCUCGGAGUCCACAGCGUACCGUCAACGGUUACUAUCCGCUCACGGAAACGUCCCAGUGGCUCCACCGCCUCAUCAGUACGGGGCGACGACACUACGCCAUCCAACCCCAACUUCUCUGCCAGCACACGAUCCAAGCAUGUACCUCGUCUUAGCACGUCAGGUGUCAGCCGGUUGUCUUUUGGCCCGCUACCGAACCGAAACCCAGGGGCUGGUCUUGAACACAGCGAUUCCACAACGUCUCGGCCGAGCUCACGGGCUAGCAUCUCGUCGUACGCCAGGCCAUCAAGUCGCACAGAAAUGGCACCGCCCCGUCCCAUCAGCCGCACCAGUAUGUCUGGCACCCGGACACCCCUGGGUCGUCCUCGCAGCUCCUUGGGUGGCAGCCUGCAUGCGCGCUCUGCUAGUAUCAGCAGCCGCAUCGAUAUUGACGAGGGCGACGAAAAUGGCGAAUUCAGAACACCUAGCAGGAGAGGCACGUAUUCUCGCCUAGAGGCAGAAAACUCUGUGAGCGGUAUUCCAGCCCCUACAAGCGGCAUCCCGAUGCCAAGCGGGAGACGGCAAAGCGGAGGAAGCGUCUCAGGGAGACGAAGCUCGAUGGGCCUGAGGAGUUCCAUCAUGGGCGCUCAGGAUCAACUCGUUGAAGAGGAGACGUACUAG